GCACAAAAGUACACCAAAUUACGUCUCAAAGGACUUGUCCAAUCACCGCAAUCCUUCUCAGCCACUUUGCAAGGUGAACAAAGUCUGUCAGAAGAACAACAAAUUGAACGUUUAAAGAUACGCAACAAACAUAUAAUCGUAAUUGUGGCAAGUCAUCAAAAUAAAAAUCUUGCUUGGUAUGACUGUGAAUGGGUGGCACAAGCAACACUGUAUGGACCCAACACAUGGCAAGAUCAUAUCGCUCCUUUCAAGCAAGCAUUUACUCCGCCAAUGCAAUUACAGGAUGAUCAAAUGAUCGGUACAACACAGGUUCAUACAGAUCAGCUUGACGACACAGCAUUUUGGCAUAUGACUGCAUUAUACGUUGAUGCAAGUCAUAGAAGGCGCGGUCUUGGCAAUCAAUUGUGUAAGUUUGCAUUCGAGGUAAUGCAAUCCAAAACAGCUAGCACCUCUUCUGAGAUGCGAAUCAUCAUCAAACCAACCAACACGAUCGUUAUUGCAAUGUACGAACAAAUCCAAUUCAUCAAACUACCUCAACCUGUCUCACUCUCUGAAGCUACAUUUGCUGCAGGUGAUCAAUCUACUCUGCCAAACAAAUACGAACAACAAGAAGCAUAUACAAGUCGUUCAGGCAUUAUCAUGACAAGA